AUGGAUGAUGGAGGAGAGUUGGAAGGUAAGAGGGCUACUUUACAGAGUGCUAAUUAUGGCAAAAUGAUGGAGGCUUUUGUGGAGAGGAGUUUUUUGACUGAGGUUGGGGUUGAAGAUUUGGAGAGGGAAAUUGAAGAGAUUAGGACUCGGAAAGAAAUCAUCAAUGAAGGAACCGAUGAUCAGACCAAGAAGAGAUUAAAGAGUGAAAAGAAGAUAAUCAACGAAGACAAUCCCAAGACAAACCAAUUAGAAAAACCAAGAAAAAAGCUUACCGUUCCCGUUCUCCUUCAGGCAAUUAUUCUCUUAACAGCUAAUUUGCUUGAAAAAGUAGCCCAGUUUGUGCAAGAUAGGGGAGAACCAGUCAAUAUUGAACUUUUAACUUGGGAACAAAGGAAAAAAAUUUUAGGGAUUAUUUCAACUAUUUAUUGCCGUGCUUAUGGAAUUGCUAAGUUAAGAAACAAAAUUAGUGAAAGAUUUUUAGAGUUAUGUAUCCCGGAAACUUGGGGGAUCCGAGGAGGAAUUAAUAAUUUACAGAAGACUUCAAGGGAAGAUUAUGUGAAGAAGGAGAGUGGAGUAAUUAAGUUGACUUAUUUAGUGGGAGGAGAGAGGAAAGUUUUAACUUUAACUAAAAGGAUUGGGAUUGAGGAACGAGAAAUAAAAGAAGUAGGGAGAGUUAAGGAGAUAAUUACCGGGAAGGAUGUUGAGACUGGGAAGGCUUUUGUGGAAGAUUGA